CGCCCUCUCCCUGCUCACUCUCCUUUCUAGGCGCCAAGACCCGAGUGUGGGUUCUCAGAGGACUCCCUGCCAGAGGUGUCAUGUGGCCAUUGUACAGCUGGGGAAACUGAGACACAGGGGCCAGAAGGCAGGCCCAGGCUAUGCAGCCAGGGAUGGUAGAACGAGACUUGCACCCGGGCAACCUGAACCCAGAAUCUGACCUCUUUGCCCCUUAGCUAAGCCACUUCAGGUCCCCCACCCCUCACCCCCACCUUGACUCAUUUGGGUUCAAGCACCCGUGGUGUGGCAGAAGGAACCUGAGCCUGGAAGUAGGGAGCCAUUGGGCCCACUUCUGCUGUCAGCUUACUGUGGGACCUCGACCUUGGCCCAGCCACUGUAUCCCUCGGGGCCCCAGCGUCCUUAUCUGUAACAGGUUGGGUGGUUAUACGAGAAAAGAAAAAGAAGUAGAAGAUGCCAAGAAAGAAACAUGGGGGUAUUAGAUGAAGGCAUCACCCUUUGUAGGAGCCCUUGUCCUCAUUCCAUGGAGGGGGCAUUGCCUCUGCUGUUCUCACUGUAAGUCAGUGAGGCCAGUCGGGACAGUCGCCAGCAGCCUUGUCUGUCACCUUGAGCAGCCAUCCCAGUCAUGGAGGUGAUGCCGUCUGUCCGGGGCCCCACCUCAGGAGUGAUGCCAGUCCAGAAUCCAGCCUGGCAGCUUCUUGGUGAGGUCUGUCCUUGGGCCAGUAGGGCUCAGGGGGGCCCCCCCGCUGGUGGCCUUGGGUACCCACUGUGUGCCAUGUUGAGGGGACCGCUGGCCACAUCUCUACCCCAGGGCAGCUGGCUGGAGAGAAGGCUGCUCAGGCUAUGCUGGGUGCCAGGACGGAUGUGGCCGUGUGUUUGCUCCCAGAGCGGUGCUCCCGUGCCCUGCCUGCCCGCUGUGGGGGCCCAGGCUGAAACAAGGUCAUGCUGUGCCAGCCUGCGGUGGAGGACCUCUUUCCUCCUCCAGAACUCAGUUUGGAGGUUUCCUUCCUCAGCCCUGAAGAUGCCGUGCUUUCCUGAUGGCCUGGCCCCGCUGGGUGCCCUGUCUGGUCCGUUGCUUUCUCUUCUAACACAUGGAGGUUAAAAUACAGUUGAAUUCACGCUAAGGUCCCUUGGAUCCUUGUGGCCAUGGCGGAUCCGGGGGCCUCUCGAUGGGGUGUGUCUGUCAGCAUCCUUCAUACUUGCUUUGGUUGGUUCCUGUGCGUGGAGAGAAGUGGGAGGGGUGGGGAAAAGGUGGCUUUUGUUGGGGGAAGAAUCUGGAAUAUGAUGAGAGAUGCACCAGUAGGUAACACAAGGUGAUGGUUUUCAGGAAUUUCAGUGAGGUUUGGCUGGUAACUCGCUGCAGGCCAUUGCUUACCCCUUCUUCUCUCGGCUCUGUUUCCUCCUCUGGAAGCGACUCCUGAUGGGCCUUUGGGGGGCCCUCCAGCCCUGAUGUUUGGUGAUUCUGUGUUACCAUGGUGCUUGUUAGCAUGUGCUAAUCACGGAUUAUAACCUAGAUCAGUGAAGGCCUGCUUGCCCUGGGUCCCCCGAAUAGACUUGUAUGUGUGGGGCAGCAGACCAGCUGUGUGGUUCAAAGGGCAAGGGUGACUUGUGAGUGUGUGUGCGUGUGUUUGUGUGUGUGUGUGCACGGCUUCCUUACAGCGAGCUCUGCUGCCUCCCCUGAAGACCCAGUCUUUCCUUUCCAGGCCCCAACCCUUGCCCUGGCCCUAGCAUUUCCAAAUCCUACAGAACUGGAACCCAGUCUCCUCUGAAGAGGGGGGUUAGAAAUCUGAGCCCCCCCCCCCGAAACCAGUGGGAGCCUGAGUCCUGUCCCUGUAGGAGGAUUCUUCAGCCAUUAUGUCAACUGGCACAGAUGUUUCUCUUUCUUCAUAUGAUGAAGAUCAGAGAUCUAAACUUAUCCGAAAAGCUAGAGAGGCACCAUUUGUUCCCAUUGGAAUGGCCAGCUUUGCAGCAAUUGUUGCAUAUGGAUUAUAUAAAUUGAAGAGCAGGGGAAAUACUAAAAUGUAUGUUCACUUGAUCCACAUGCGUGUGGCAGCCCAAGGCUUUGUUGUGGGAGCAAUGACUCUUGGUAUGGGGUAUUCCAUGUAUAAGGAAUUCUGGGCAAAGCCUAAACCUUAGAAGAAGAGAAGCUGUCUCUGUUUUGUUGGUGGUGUUUGCUUUAGUUAGGCAUUUCAUAUUGAGUUUAUAUGUUUACGUUGAAAAUAAAUCAUUUGAAUGGGUCAGAUAAUAUGGUAGUUUAAGUAUUGGCUUCCUUUCUUGCAGGCUUGAUUUGCCUGGUUACCAGAUUACUAGUGACCAGUCAACUAGCUAGGUCAUUCAGGGGAGUCACAUUAGCACAAAAGAAGAAACGUGUCACUUUUAAAUGGACUGGACAGUGGUAAAUUAUGCUCCUCCUUAAACUCUUAUGAUAAAAUCAGUUAGAAAGAGGACAGUGUGCCAGUCCAGAAGUACUCCUAGUUGCUGAUUUGAUUCUAGUAUCAAAACAUGCUUUUGAUGUUAUGUAGGAAUCCCAUUUAACUUUUUUCUGCCUAUUUUGCAGAUUGAUUGGGUACUUCAGUUUUUAGGACUGGUUGGCUCUUAAUCCUUUCAGAACAGUGCUUGGAAUAUAGUAAGCUUCCCAACAACCUAAAAUACGUUUAUUUAAACUAAACCUAAAAAGCUGAUAAAGAGCUGUUUAGAAGUAGUAUUUAUUUCAGAAUCAUAGUUGUAAACAUGAGAAUAACCUAACUGUGGAUCCCAGUUUAGCUUGUUUUGUAACUGCAGAGUUAUAUUUAUGCUGCUCUUGUAUUAGAAUAAUUUUUAAAUGUUGAAAUGUGUAUUUUAAGUACUAAUGCAAAGGUUAAGUGAAAAACACUUUUUUAAAUGUAUGAAGCUUGUUUAUUUUCUCUGUAAGAAUCAUAAAUGUUAACAAAUUACCUACAGUUGAAGUGAUUGAUGAUUUACUCACAAGGUAGUUUGGUCAGACAUAAUACACAAACUUUGGUAUACUCCAGAAUGCUUUAUUACAUUUGUGAAAUUUUCUUGUCUAACCUAAAUUUAUAUUCCAUGGUGAUAACAUGGAAAAAGUAGUGUUAGUAAAGAAGGUGAAAAGAAAAAAAAA